UCUUCUUCGGCUGUUAACAAAUCCUCGAAGGAACUCUCACGCCGAGUUGUCAGUGAGAACGCACGAACUCGUCCAGAAACUCGUGCUUACCUCCAUGCCAGGCAAUCAUCUGCAAAAAGUGCAUUCACCGAUGUGGCUCAUGGCAUCUCGACCCCAUCGCCAUCACCCUCCACCGCUCACCUAUCAACUCAUUUCUCAUCUGAGCCUGCAAUUAUUGAUGCAAUGUCGCCUGAUGAUGAAGUCGUCAACUCGACCGUUCUUGUGGGGCAACCAUCUGAGCGUGCUGUGAUGGUACCAGAUCUGGCUCUACCACGACUUCCUCAAAUACCUACUGUACUCGCAGCAUCUCCAUGGACAUACUCACAAUCAGAAAUUUCUACACAGCCCACGACGCUGGCAACACAUAGCAGUGUUUUGGCUCGAGGAACUUCUGUGGAGAGCGACACUUUUCGUAGCGAAGCAGUUCCGUUUGACCCUAUAAUGAAACGAAUCCAUAUGGAGCCCAGUGUUGUAAGUCGUGCUACCGCAGAGUCUGUUCUAGAGGAGCAACAGCUGUUGAGUCUCCCAUGUUCGGAAAACUCCAAAGCAGUGGUUUAUCAAAAGAAGUCGCGGCAGCCUUCUGGCUCGCAAGAACUGUGGGAGCCGCUUGGAAUUAAGAGCCCAACGUAUGGCGUCAUUCUGCCAGUGGCGUCAAAGAACGACAAUGACGCCGAUGAUGCCACGGUAGCGUUUCUGACGUCUUCGCCUGAACUACUUUCAGAAGAUGACAGCUGUGCAGUAAAGGAGGAGAUCGAUGAGCAGCAAGCUGGCUUAAUGUUAAAGGGAGCUUCACCUUCAAGAGUGUUACGUCAGCGUUUCCGUUCGGCUACAAAACUGACAUCGGAGAGUUCUGAUACCGAUCAAAGAACAGUUAUUGAUUUGGAAGAGGAUCAAGCCGAAUGCAGAUCAAGUGACCGUGAUGGAGACAUACAGAAGUUGUCAAACGAACUGGCUGCUCUCUCGCAGUUAUCGGAGCAUGAGCAUUUAGAUUCCGGCAUGAACAGUGAACCGGAAACAAUGGGAAAUUUGGUUCCUUUCAAAGACCAUAGUGAGGAGAGAAAAUCUGAACAUACAUCUCCCUCAGUUUCUCGACAAGCUCUUGGGAGCGCUGAAAAGUCCGACAGUGUUGCUGGCAACUCGUCUUCUCUUGUAGAAGCAGUCAAUUCUCCCAUCCUGGUCGACUCACAAGACUUCAGCCUCAGUAGGCAUAUCGAGUGCUGCCAAACGGAAGUGGCGGGAAAGGUGCUAGCUGGUUCUGCAGCAGAAGGAUCGGCUAUGCAGAAUAUACCUAGAGUUGAGCUGGGCGGUGAUUGUGCUUCUGAACAACAAACGAUGUCGAGAACGACGGCUAUGCCUACAGAAAUAUGUGGCGGAAUGCCAAUCAGCGUGAUUAUAUCGUCGAGAACUGAAAAAAGUAAUGAAGAAAUCCCUUUAGCGACAAGGAAAAGCCAUCAAGGUCGAGCUGUAGGUGCUACUGCAGGUGUGGAAGUUCGCCAGUCUGGAGAAGAGAACUUGUAUGACGAAGAUUAUUCAGCGGACGACGAAGAAUUAGUACAUUUCCAUGAAGAAUCUGAAAGAAGUUAUCAAGAAAUGAUGCAACAACAGUCUCAAUAUGAGCAACCGCUAAUGCACCAACAGCAGCCUUCUUCCAUAAUUCCGACUGCCGAGUUCCAUAAUCUGGCGUCAUUCAAACCUAAGACAUUUACCUAUGAGCCAAGACACGAGCAGAUUUUCCCCGCGUGGUUAUCACACACGGCAGUUACUCGUCCAGAAUCACCACAGCUAAAAAUCCAAACAGUGUUUGAGAAUACGCAUCAUAUUACAUCACAUCACUCUGAUCCCGCCCUUCAGCCUGCAGUAGUAAGCGCGGCAUCAGGUCCAGUUGCACCUAAUAUCGGUAGCCUUGCUGCGACUCAACCUUCUCAAUUUCAUCAGCAAGCACCACCUCCCCAUACGUUUCCUCUUCAGCGCUGUCAAACUCAACGAAAUGACAGUGUGCAGUACAUCGAGUUGCAGCAGCAAAAGCAACAUAAGGAUCCUUACAGCGAAAGAUCUGGUGGCACUGAUAGGACGUGGCUAGAGGUCAGGGCACAGAAAGAUGUUUAUGCGGCUCGUGAUUUGACCAGCCUACAGCAGCAGUUUCGGCGUCCUCUUCAACAGAGCCAACAGUUUACCAACAAACCUCUUGAAGAAAUACUUGAAGCUCCUAGUGAUUAUCAUCUGCCGACGCAUACCGCCCCGCCUCCGCAACCACGGCGUUUUCAUCAUGAUCAAGUAACUUUGGAGCAGCAUUCACAUAACCAGUACCCAAUACAAAAGCAGCACAGUGUGCAUGAGGAGUCGGAACGAGUUGCUAGUCACCAAAGGCAUCCUGCAGAGUUAAUGGAGGAGGAGAUGAGAGCAAUGCGAUAUGUCUAUCUAAUGAACGAACAACGCAUUGCGAAGAAGGCUCUCGCUGAAAAGGACAAGAUUGCUGCAAAGAAACGGACAUCUUCCAGUGAUCUCAUGUUUCUGCCCGAACUACCUCCGAUCAUGGUGGAACCAACUGUAAUACCAGAAGGCAUUCCAAGAGCAAGAAUGCAGGAACAUUUACUGCCGCCAUAUUAUCACGCUCAGUUCGCCGUAAGACGUGGUCUAUGUGUCUCUCCAUGCAGAUCGGAUACAAGUGAAAAUGAAUUAACGAAAGCUCAAGAAAUCUUGAAUUUGGAGAUUUUUGAGCCUAUGGCUUCUCGAGCAGGAGUUCAACGAGUGCAGACUGAAAUACGACAGGGACCCGAUCAAGAAAGGUGUCAGAAUGUCUCAUAUGAAGUGCCACCAACGGAUCUAUUGCGACAGCAACAUGCUAGUGGAGACUCGAUCCGAAGUGAAUGCUUCCAUUCCCCGAAACGAAGUGAUACUCUUGCUCCAGAAUUCCAGAAGUUUCAUGAUCCCCAGCCAGCUGUGGCAACACGCUCGCAAAGUUUUAGCCCUCUCAAAAUAAGUAUUCCUCAACGGCCGGACGUUCCACGUUCGUCUAAGGAGGCUGAUUUGUCGUCAAACGAGGAAGAUUCUGACGCGACCGACGACGAAAUGUGGAGUGCCGAUGAGAGGGAAUUUGAUGAUGGGUCUUCUGAUGAUGACUCGACUGACAGCGAGGUUGUUCGAAGAGGGUGGGAUCUGAGUCCAAGUGUAUCACCAUUGACUUUGGAAGCCUUCACUUCCAUUCUAAGUUCUCCGGAGGGAUCGGACUCAAAUGACGACCCAAUCGGUGUGCCUGUAUGGUCGACAAUGUCUAGAAAACAUGCGAAGCUAGCAAUAGCAGUAUGCCGAAACAUGCCGAAACGUUUGCAACCGUUGUGUCGACGUUUCGCAUGGCAACAAGGGAUCACGUACUUGUUAGAGAACUUUUGCCUGCAAAAAUGGGAAAUACGUCCAGAGCAUGACCUAGAGUCUGUCUGGUUUUUUGAAAAACUAGUAAGGCGAUUCAAGCCCUUCGACAUUGCACCGUGGGAGAUAAACGAUAGCGAGGAGAGCGAUGAGGAACCAAAACGCGUCCAAAACGUCUUCUUCGGUUUCAAUAUUUGCGCAGAUAUUCCAUUCAGCCGAUCUCGGAAGACCUUCAGAAUCGAAGAUCACGCUUCUUUGUCGUUAACAUGCAAAGAAGUUCAACGGUGUGAUGAAGUGAGUUCUUCCGACACCUGCUCGGCUGAAGGAGUUGGUAAAGUAUUCAAGAGGACUUCUGUGGAAGAAACCUCUCCAGCAGCGUCACUUUGUUCCAGUGUGGAAUCUGCAUCCACAGAAGAUGAAGAUGAUGAAUGCUCAUCUGAUGAAAACAUACAGGUUGGUGAGCGGAGUGCUGUUCAAGUAACAUCGAUUUUGGCAGAGCUUUAUCGCGAACACAGAGCUGCUUAUGAGCUAAUGAUCGCCGAUAUAAUACCGAUUCCGACACCGGAUCAACGUGAAAUUCCGUUCUCUGAUAACGCGGAAUGGGUAGCUUCACGAAUUCUCGCCAUAAAUAGAGCUCAGAAUAGGCUUUUAAUUCCAACUUUUCCGCCAUGGGCUGCAAUGCAUCGUCUCUGGAAGGUAUACGGACCACUCCAUCAAUGUGCGUCAGCAAUAGGAGGAGACUUCGAAAAGUUUGUGACGGAGUGUGUCAGCGUUGCUUACAAUCACUAUUAUAGGCUGAAAAAUGGUAUCAAGGUAGCUGAUGAAAUCCCUGGUGAUCUUUUGGACUUAUGUUACGCAAUUACAUCGGAACGCAUGCGUGAACACACAGAAAGUGUCGAAGCUGCGAAGAAGAAAGCUGACGGGGAAGCAAAACCCUCAAAAACAUGGACUCCACUGAAGCGUCGUGAAGGUCUUUGUUCAUUUUCGGAUCAAAGAACAGCGAAUGCUCGACUUUUGUCACGUUGUCAUCGCGUUUACGAUGAAAAAAGGCAAACUAGGAGAAGAAGGUGGAACGCGAUGCGUUAUCUCCACAAUGCACUGCCUGGAUGUGUCAUUGAGGGAAUUGACGUUUUUGAUAUGGCUCAACGAACAAAUUUGUCUGUUGCUGGUAUAUUUGGUCCAGAGCACAAGCUAGCUCUUACAGAAAUGCCAUUUGCUUCAGAUAUGGACAAUAGGCCAGCUUACCUGGAUAUGGAGGAGCUACUGGGACUUAUGGAUCGCACGCUCGCGCUUCAGUCUGGCUCCACAGUGGAUCAAGAAGGCAACAAGCAGCCUACUAUAGACUUUCUUACAGUGAAUGGUCUCCACUUCAAAGCUACCACUGGGGAGCGUGGGCGAUGUCAUUUGAUGGUUUCGCCUGCGGCGAUUCCUGUUCCGCCAGUUGUAAUUGAUGGCUAUGGCAAUGUAACUGCAGUUCAGAGAGCGGCUGUUCCGAAAUUAUUGUAUCCGGAGUUCGCUUAUCGAAAGAUGUACAAUGUUGCUGAGAAUGUAUAUCCACGUUCUCUUGAUUCACCUUUACCUAGAGGGAACGAGGAUGCGUAUGAUCCAGUGGCUCACUGUCCCAUGUGCUUGCGGACAUCUGACUAUUACGCUGACAUGGAUUUUGUGCGAAUGUGUUUCAAAGGAUUGCCACAAGAAGUUCUAGAGGAUUUCGAAUUACCUGAUGUGGACACAAGCUGCACUACUUACCACCGAUCACGUAUCGCUCCUCAAAUAAUGACCGAGGAAGAUCUAAAUAAAUUAUUGAAUGGUGAAUAA